AUGUUGUCUUCCAGCUCCACCCUCAAGCAGUACCAUGUGAUCGAGUGGAUCACCGCCUUCACGCUCAUCUUCUUGUGGUACGUGUCAGAGAGCGCGGCGCCCUUCACGCGUGAAUUCAUCAUCAGCGACCCCACAAUCAACCACUCACAUGUCACAGUUGAGCGUGUCAGCUCAGAGGCUUGUAUUCUCUACACCAUCAUCAUUCCCUUCUUUGUGCUCAUUGGACUGUCUGCUAUCAUGGCCCCCCGACCGCAGGACCGACUCAAGUUCAUGUCCAUCACUCUGUCCACCUUUCUGGUUGCCGCCUUCUUCAACGGCUUCAUCACCAACUUUCUCAAGAUUUACAUGGGCCGACACCGACCCGACUUCAUUGCCCGAUGUGAGCCCUCCAAGCGAGCUCCCAUUGAUAAGUAUGUGACAAUCGAGGUUUGCACUGGAGAUAUGGACACCAUUUUGGAGGGCAUGAAAUCCACUCCUUCUGGCCACUCCUCCACAGCUUUUGUGGGAAUGACGUUCUUCUGCUUGUGGGUAUACGGACAGAUCAACGCCUACAAGACUUAUGGGAGCAAGGCCUCCAAGCUGCUGCUUGCUUUCUUCCCCCUUCUUCUGGCCAUCUAUAUUGCACUGAGUAGAACUGAGGACUACCGACACCACUUUGUCGACAUUGUUCUCGGAUCUUUGCUGGGUAUGACCAUCGCCUACUACUUCUACCGACGCGAGUUCCCCCGAACCACCUCCAAGACCUCUCAUAUCCCCUACUGUCUCGGCAGCGAGGGAGCUGACGACGACCAUCAUUACGACCGAGUUGACGAUGUUCAGCUCGAGAACCAGGUUUAA